AUGGUCUUAUUCUCCCAGGUUCAAGCGCUUGAGAACGAGCUUUUUCGUAUUAUUGAACGAGCAGAGCCUAGUGCCUCCGAGGCUCUAGAGGAUACACAGACGUCAGACACCACAGACACGGGAUCUGAUGAGACAGAUUCUCUAUCAGAGACACCUCGGCUAAAAGAAGAAGUGGUGACACCGGAGGAUAACAUCCGGGCCGACCCUGACUCUAGCUACAUCGGCGAUUGUUUCAUCGAUCAGUCCGAGAAGAAUUUUAUGCAAUUGCUCAAGAAUGGAUCUCCGCAGUAUAUCGAUGGUUACAGAGUAUCUCCCGAGCAACGAUAUUUCGAAUUGCGUGUUGCUUUCAAAGAGAGUACUAAAAAGCCUGUCCAUCACUGGAUUCCAGAGGCCACGGUUCAAAAGUUUGAUAAUGCUGCUGUUUGCACAUACUGGCACGCCCGUAUGGGUGCCGACGGAAGGCCUGCAGGGCGGCCCUACGACGAAGUUGAUGUUCAAGUCCUCAAGAUCGUUGGAUUUAAGGACAGGAGCCAAGGAGACUUUUGGGUUCAGACCGUAGGAGAUCCUGUCCUCCACCCUGAUCUCAUACCCACAAUCGAAAAAUGGUCAGAGGAUCCAGAAGAACCAGAAGGUAAAGCCUUGUUCCGAUAUAGACCUACCUAUCUACCCGUUGCUGAGGUGCGAGACAAAUGGCCUCGCCAGUACGAGCACUGGCUGAACCGACCAAAGCGACGAGAAGAUCGCAAGUCUCUCCAAUUACUGUAUGGUCACCGAGAAAACCCCAACUACGAGCGAUUUGAGAUCUCAAGGCUGGCUUUUAACUGGGCUCCGACAUGGUGUGACGAGAGAGUUGUCCAUAAUUCGCAUCCUUUUGCUCUUCUUACUUACUUUAAGAGCGACCCAGACGUGCGAACAGGGGGAAAUAACACGUCACUGAUUCCACCAAGACUAUUCAAAAUUGUUCGAUGGCGUCGGGGUGAUGAGGGACAACUUCUUUUCACCUACCAAAAAGUAGGAGAGUCUGAACUUGAGGAUGAUUUAGAGGAGAGAAAUUUGGAAGGUAUAGAGAAGCUUGAUAAGAAGAUGCUUAGUGCAUAUAGGAAGAAAAAUAGGUUAUAA